AUGGUGGCAACCUCUGCUCGCAGCCCAAUUCUUCCCACCCUCUCCUGGAGCCACUUCCAUAUAUACCUCCAGCAGCGCGAUUCCACAGCCGCCCCUCACCUCAUUCCCCACCAUUGCACACAAAGCGUUGACGAGAUGGUCAGGCUCACAGCGUGGCUCGCAGGCAGGCCGGUAGCGAUGCAGCUGCUGGUGUGUAUCGUGAUUGGCCUGCGCAUGGUCUCGGCCACCGUUCAGGCGUUCACCUGCAACCUCCGUCAGAACUCCACCGUCGCGCAAGCACAAGAACCCCACCAACUCAUGGCAAAUAGCUGGCAGCCGAUUCAGUAUGACAAGCAACCAUCCAAAGUGCAAUCUCGGGCUGUGAGGCAGCGGCCACAGCAGGUCGCGGCCGACUUUUCGGAGCAGAACCGAAACGUUCCCACCGCCGCGUCGCUCCACCAGCAGGACGAUGCACCGUCCAGCAGUCUUUCAACCGGGCCGUCGACGGGUUCAACCAGUUCAAGUCUCGGCAGCCCCAGCAAUACGGACUCCUUUAGCAACUCCAAUUUGGACUCGGAUGAUCUGGACCAAGACGGACCGAGCAGCACCAAUUCGACUUUGAGCGAUACGCCGCUUCCACUCGCACCGACACCAGCUUCAACGGCAUGGACCCCGCCCCCUACCUCUUCGAAUCUUCCCCCACCGAAUUUUCCUGCUCAACAAUUUGGCGGUGGCCAGACGAACUCUACCGCGUCCAAUCCACCGAAGAGUUCGAACACCACCUCGCAAGCACAUCCGAUUCAAGGACAGCAGCAAGGCGGACCCUCACGGUCGAUGUCGCAUACGCAGGGGAUUGUAGCGGGCGUGACGGUGCCUGUGGGCGUAGUCGCAUUGGGGCUGGUAGCCUUUCUGAUCCUGCACAAGCAGCGCCAGCGACAGGCGCAGUCGUCAGAAGCGCAACGCAAUGUUUCCGACCCCGAGCAGGGCCAGCCUCCCAACAGCACACCCGCGGAUGCAGCGACUCAGCAGACACUUGGCGAGGCUCACGGUGCGGCUGAGGAGACAGCCUCCGAGGCGUCUACGGUUGUGCCGCAUGUACUGAUCAACGAGCCCAUCGAAGAGCUGGAUGAAGAGCAUGCGGAUGUCGAGGUCGCUGUUGGGGGCUCGCCGCAGAGAGGAAGAUCGCCAGUCGGGGUGGCAUCGGAAGCAGAAGGCAGUAGGGGCGUUGUGGGUCGGCCAUCACCACCGCAAGGCCGAGCGCGUUCGCUCAAACGCAAGCCUCCGCCGCCACUCACCGCCUCGAUCGACGCAAUGCCCUCCCGACCAACGCCACUUCAGCAGGAUCAAAGUCGAGCCCACCUGGUUGCGGGGGGAGGAGCGGAUCUUGCUGCGGAACCAUCAUCGCCAUCUCUUGCCCGCUCAUUCCCCUCACCCUGCAUCGACUUUGGAGCUGCGUAUCGCACUGACAUUUGCGUCCGCAUACUACGACUCGAUGUAACGCACGCUGCUGGGCGGCAAGCUGCGCCAACCAUGACUUCGUCCUCUUCGCCAACCGCACCGUCUCUCUCCGCCUCUUCCACCUCGACCUCGUCAUCCCCACCACCUGCGCUCGAGUGGCUUCCCCGCUCCACUCCCCGCUACGCCUGCGCCGACUGUGGCGCGCAUCUCGCUCUUCAAGACGAGUUGAUUAGCAAGAGCUUUUCGGGGCGCGACGGCAAGGCCUACCUAUUCGCCUCUACGAUCAACACCGCUCUUGGCGCACAGGAGGAGCGGCACCUGCUCACGGGCAUGCACACCGUGUGCGAUCUCAGCUGCCGCGGCUGCGGCCGCACGCUCGGCUGGUUCUACCUCAAAGCGUGGGAGGCCUCGCAAAAGUACAAGGAGGGCAAGUGGAUCAUGGAAAAGGCGGGCCUGCACAAGAUCAACGCGUGGUGA